AUGAACUUGGCAUGGACAACUAUUGAUAAUGCACUUCGGUCCUUGAAAGAUAUAAUUUCUGAACCGGUGGUUCCGGUCCAAAAUUGUGCAGGUAAUUGGAGAGCUUCAUCUUCGCCAGAUCAGUUGAGCUUACUGACAGUUUUAAUGGACGAAGAAGAAGAAGUGGAGUUAGUUGUUGUCAUCGAGGUGGUGGUCACUGUGAUUAAAAUUUUCUUGUUUUUCGUUCAAGUCUACAUACAAAAAUUUCGUCCACGUGGGCGAAAGCGAACUCGAGCAUCGUUAGACAUGGAAGACCGGUUCAUGGACGUGAUGGAGUCUUUUUGUGCGAACAUGGACAGUCAACUGGCAGAACUUGUGAAGAGAAUUGGCUUCCGGUAUGACGCGAAACAAAAAACGAAGGCCAUUUAUGAAGAGAUAAGUGGGAUGCACUUUCUAUCUGCGGAGGACAAGGUUCGCGUUUGUAUGUACUUUUGCAAGAAUGUGGAAGUGAUGAACCUAUUCUCUAGCAUAUCAUCCGAAAACAAAACUGUUAUGGGGUUACAUGUGCUUGUCGCCAUUGAUUGUGAGAUCGCCAUGUAUAUAACGAGUGGCACCUCUGCGCUUCUCAGGAGUGCUUCUUCUCAUUCUUCUUCCUCUUCGCGUGCUGGGAAAAGGCUCUUUUCCUCUCUCUGUGGGAAGCCCGCUCCCCCUUCGCCUUCGACUGCCGGUGCCGGUGGUCUUUCGCGCUCCGUUGGGCGGCAGCAGCAGCACCGAUAUCUGAGCUGUCUGACGCUGGCGCGGUGGAGCCACGGCGUUGACUGGAAAUCACCCUCGAGUCUUGCAGCGCAGAUCAGGAUCGCAUCUGGGUGUUCGGAUAACCUGUUGAGUCGAAAGAUCGCUACAAUGGCUUCUGAGAACACCUUCAAGGAAAUUUUCACCAUUCUUCCCAAGCCUGGUGGUGGUGAAUUUGGGAAAUUUUACAGUCUGCCUGCUCUAAAAGAUCCGAGGAUAGAUAAGUUACCAUACUCUAUUAGAAUCCUCCUUGAAUCCGCGAUACGUAACUGUGAUGGCUUCCAAGUAAAAAAGGAUGAUGUGGAGAAGAUUAUUGACUGGGAAAAAUCUGCCCCAAAACAAGUUGAGAUCCCCUUCAAGCCUGCUCGUGUACUUCUUCAGGACUUUACUGGUGUACCUGCUGUUGUCGACCUAGCCUGCAUGCGUGAUGCUAUGAAUAAGCUUGGCAGUGAUUCCAACAAAAUCAACCCUUUGGUUCCUGUUGAUUUGGUUAUUGAUCAUUCAGUUCAAGUGGAUGUUGCGAGAUCAGACAAUGCUGUUCAAGCUAAUAUGGAGCUUGAAUUCCAAAGAAACAAGGAAAGAUUUGCUUUUCUGAAGUGGGGAUCUAAUGCUUUCCGGAACAUGCUUGUUGUUCCUCCGGGAUCGGGUAUAGUGCACCAGGUAUUGGAGCACAAAAAUAACAGAAUCAAUCUUAUUUCAGCGCAUGAAAUUGUUUGGUAUGCACCAGUGUUAUCAAUUGGUGGCGCCACGGGAUUUUGGCCUGCCUCCAUUUCCCGCCAUACGCCAUUGAUAACACUGGUCAAUCUCGAAUAUCUUGGACGGGUUGUCUUCAAUACUGAUGGCAUACUCUAUCCAGAUAGUGUGGUUGGGACUGAUUCUCAUACCACCAUGAUUGACGGGCUGGGAGUUGCUGGUUGGGGAGUUGGAGGCAUUGAAGCUGAGGCAGCAAUGCUUGGUCAGCCUAUGAGCAUGGUAUUGCCUGGGGUUGUUGGAUUCAAAUUAUCAGGAAAACUUCGGGAUGGGGUCACUGCUACUGACUUGGUUUUAACUGUCACACAAAUGCUAAGGAAGCAUGGUGUUGUUGGAAAAUUUGUUGAAUUUUAUGGUGGUGGUGUGGGAGAAAUCUCACUAGCUGACAGAGCAACCAUUGCAAACAUGUCUCCGGAGUAUGGUGCCACUAUGGGAUUCUUCCCUGUGGAUCAUGUCACUUUACAGUAUCUGAAAUUAACUGGCAGAAGUGACGAGACUGUGGCAAUGAUAGAAGCUUAUCUUCGAGCAAACAAUAUGUUUGUUGACUACAGCGAGGGAUUUGCUGUGCCAAAAGAAGCACAAGAAAAAGUGGGCAAAUUUUCAUUCCAUGGCCAACCAGCAGAGCUUAAGCAUGGCAGUGUUGUAAUUGCUGCUAUCACGAGUUGCACAAAUACGUCAAACCCCAGUGUCAUGCUUGGGGCAGGCCUUGUAGCAAAGAAAGCCUGUGAACUGGGUCUUAAGGUCAAACCAUGGAUAAAAACAAGUCUUGCUCCAGGUUCUGGGGUUGUCACAAAGUAUUUGCAGAAGAGUGGGCUACAGAAAUACUUGAACGAGCAAGGCUUCCAUAUUGUUGGGUAUGGCUGUACAACAUGCAUCGGAAAUUCAGGGGAUUUAGAUGAAUCAGUUGGUGCUGCUAUAACAGAAAAUGACAUUGUUGCGGCUGCUGUGCUUUCUGGAAACCGUAACUUUGAGGGUCGUGUCCAUCCGUUAACAAGAGCAAACUAUCUUGCCUCACCUCCCCUAGUUGUUGCUUAUGCCCUUGCUGGCACGAUUCAUUCCCUAUUCUUGGAAUUUAGGGGAGCUUCGUUUCACUUCGUGCAGCUUCGUUUGUACCUUUCUGUCGAGCUACUUCGUACCUUUCGUAUCAGUCUGUUCGGGUGUAGCUACCCAUCCAUUCCUACUGUUAAAACCAUAUCUCCUAAGCGCGCUCGGUCAUUAGCAAGUAACAAGCAGACAAGAAACAAGGGAAGGGAGCUAACAAAGAAAGGAAAGGAGGCAAAGGGUCAUGUUGAUAUUGAUUUUGAGAAAGAGCCAAUCGGUGUAGGCAAGGAUGGUAAGGACGUAUACUUCAGUGAUAUCUGGCCUUCAACUGAAGAAGUGGCUCAGGUGGUUCAAUCCAGUGUGUUGCCUGAUAUGUUCAAGAGCACAUACGAGGCAAUCACCAAAGGUAAUCCUAUGUGGAACCAGUUAUCCGUGCCGACUGCCCAGCUGUACUCGUGGGACCCAAAUUCUACUUACAUCCAUGAGCCACCAUACUUUAAGAAUAUGACUAUGGAUCCUCCUGGCCCACAUGGAGUGAAAGAUGCGUACUGCUUGCUCAACUUUGGCGAUAGUAUCACAACGGAUCACAUCUCGCCAGCUGGCAGCAUUCAGAAGGAUAGUCCUGCUGCAAAGUACUUGAUUGACCGUGGAGUUGACCGCAAGGAUUUUAACUCGUACGGCAGUCGACGUGGUAAUGAUGAAAUAAUGGCCAGGGGCACUUUUGCAAAUAUCCGUCUCGUGAACAAGUUGUUGAACGGAGAAGUUGGCCCAAAGACGGUGCAUGUCCCCACGGGAGAAAAACUCUAUGUAUUUGAUGCUGCCAUGAAAUACAAGUCCGAGGGACAGGACACCAUUAUUUUGGCUGGAGCCGAGUAUGGAAGUGGAAGCUCUAGGGAUUGGGCUGCCAAGGGCCCAAUGUUGUUGGGUGUUAAAGCUGUAAUUGCCAAAAGCUUUGAGAGGAUCCAUCGAAGCAAUCUUGUGGGAAUGGGCAUUAUUCCCCUGUGUUUCAAGUCCGGUGAGGAUGCGGACACAUUAGGUUUGACUGGACUCGAACGUUUCUCCAUUGACCUCCCGAGCAACAUCUCUGAAAUUCGCCCUGGCCAAGAUGUUACCGUGUGUACGGACACUGGAAAAGAAUUCACUUGCACUGUUCGCUUUGACACUGAGGUGGAGCUGGAAUACUUCAAUCAUGGCGGUAUACUUCCAUACGUUAUUCGACAGUUGACCAAGCAUUAGUCAAACACAUGCUGAUCGGGCAUUGACUUCGAGUUUCUUCAAUUGUACAAUGUGAGAAUAAAAUGCUUUUAUUAUUUUUACGGCCGGUAGAAACGCGAAUGUACGUUUUUAUCAGCUCCUUGAAACAGGGGGCAACCAUUGCUUAAGUACAAAAGAGUACAUCUUUUU